GUCAUGAUUCGUAUGCCAGCCUUUAACCUCUUUCUCUACAACAUACUUCUCUCCCAGGCGAUGCAGCGCGUCGUUCGCAUCAAAGAUGGACCCUCUGAUCAGUCCUCCUCCUGGGACCAGUUGGCCCUAAUCGGGGGCCUCAGGACCUCCAGAGAGCUACCAACGGAGCAUAACGAGUUUCCUGACUCCAUGGUGUAUCUGAAUUACUUGAUCAAUGCCUCGGCGCUCUUGGCAGAUGUUAUGCAGCGUCGAAGACUCGGCUUUCUGGUUGUCGUUGUAAUUAUGUGGAACAUAUUCGUGCUCGAGCGUAUCUUGGCCUUUGAAUUGACUCUGAUCUGGUCAUUGUGGUCUAACGACAUCAGCUCCCUGACCUACGCCAUUGUCAUAAGCAGCAUCACGCUCACGAACAUCAUUCACUCGAUGCUCAUCUACGAAUCGAUAAAGAUGCAUCACGGCCGCCUGCGUUUCAGGAGGGGGGAGAAGUAACAAAGUAUGCAAUAGCUGCUCCGGCACUCGCCCAGAGUUAUUCUUUGUCCACUUAACUGGGUCGUUCAGCCAGGACUCACAAACACAAACACACACAAAUAUAUGUCAGAGUCAGAGGAUUAUGCUGUAACCCUGGGGGUGCGGGUACGAUUCACGGCGUGGCACCGGGCAUUGCAACUACAACUACAAAUUCUAGGUCGUUUGGUUCAACUAAUAAAUAUGCCAAAAUACUCACACACUCGGUGAGAGCCUCAGACAUUUACAAAUGAAUCGCAGCUGAGGGCUGCUAGUCCCGAAAUAAAUCCAUUAAAUAUUUGCGGUUAAACGCACCAAAAACAAACCGCAAAAGUAAAUCAUACCCAAAGUAGACACCGGACCGGACAUGGCCAAGAAUUUCUCUCGGCUUGGUUCGGUCCCAUUUUUUCUUCGUACGCAAAAAUAUUAGAUUAGAAAUUAGGACAACCAUGCACAGCCAAGAGGCAGUCGGUCGCUCAGGCAGUAGAGCAUAACGCCAUUUACUUGAUUGGAGAUGGGUGUAAAGGCCCUUCGGCAAGCCGAGCAAUAAGAGCGGAGGGCAUCUAACCAUCGUCCAGCCGAAAUUCUAAAUGGUCCAUGGUGAAACAUAAAUCAUUGAAGCUGACAUCUCACCAUUUUUACUGAACUUGUACAUAUACAAGUGUAUAUGUAUGUGGCUAAAGCUCUGCC